CCGGGUCCUGUGCCUGUUUCCCGUCAUGCCUGUCGGUGGUUCAGUGGAGAGAAUGGACAAACGGGUGUGGUGAUAUCGCGAUUAUCAACGAUUUUAUCUCUAAAAUCUCCUCAAAACUGUCACAGACACGCCAGGAUUCAGCCGGGGAUCUCCUGCCAUAUUUCCGUGGUGAGCAGAGCUGUCAGGGAGACCAGGGAAGGGCGCAGAGCCGUGUGAAACGCUUGGAGAGGCCGUUGGGUGACGACUGUCGGGAUGGGCUGUGCCAUCAGUGCCGAGGACAAGGCUGCGGCCGAGCGGUCCAAAAUGAUCGACAAAAACCUGCGAGCGGACGGCGAGAAGGCGGCUAGAGAGGUCAAACUGCUGCUGCUGGGUGCUGGUGAAUCUGGGAAGAGCACAAUUGUAAAACAAAUGAAAAUUAUCCACGAAGACGGGUACUCAGAAGAGGAGUGUAUGCAGUACAAGGCCGUGGUGUACAGCAACACGAUCCAAUCUCUCAUCGCCAUUAUUCGCGCCAUGGGGACGCUCAAGAUCGACUUCGGACACACAGACAGAGCCGACGACGCGCGGCAGCUGUUCGCCCUAGCGAGUACAGCGGAGGAAGGUGAGAUGACGCCGGAGCUGGCGGGCAUCAUGAAGAGGCUGUGGGCAGACGGAGGCGUGCAGGCCUGCUUCGGGCGGUCCAGAGAGUACCAGCUCAACGACUCGGCCUCAUAUUACCUGAACAGCCUGGAUCGGCUGGCCGCGGGCGGGUACGUGCCCACGCAACAAGACGUGCUCAGAACGCGUGUCAAGACGACCGGCAUCGUCGAGACGCACUUCACCUUCAAGGACCUGCACUUCAAAAUGUUCGAUGUUGGCGGGCAGCGAUCAGAACGUAAAAAAUGGAUCCACUGUUUCGAGGGGGUCACGGCGAUAAUUUUCUGCGUGGCUCUGAGCGCGUAUGAUCUGGUAUUGGCCGAGGAUGAGGAAACGAACCGGAUGCACGAGAGCAUGAAGCUGUUCGACUCCAUCUGUAACAACAAGUGGUUCACGGAGACGUCCAUCAUCCUCUUCCUCAACAAGAAGGACCUGUUCGAGGAGAAGAUCACCAAGUCCCCCCUCACCAUCUGCUACCCAGAGUACACAGGAUCAAACACGUACGAGGAGGCAGCUGCCUACAUCCAGAUGCAGUUCGAGGACCUGAACAAGAGGAAAGAGACGAAGGAGAUCUACACCCACUUCACCUGCGCCACCGACACCAACAACAUCCAGUUCGUCUUCGACGCCGUCACCGACGUCAUCAUCAAGAACAACCUCAAGGACUGCGGCCUCUUCUAGACUCUCCCUGCUUCUUAAGUCUGUUCUUCUCCUGUACUUUCACUUUUCUGUGCUUUCACUUCCCACCCCGGGGCGACUUGUAACUAGCUUGUUGGGUCCCAAUCGUUCACCGCAAUUUGAAUACGUUAUGUUCUCUUAUAGAGACAUUAUUAUAUGUUAUUAUACUUGUUUCCAGAAACCCUAAUGGAGAUAAUGCUCCAUUUUGUUCCAAUUUUUCUCAAAAAUUGUUUUUUCCACUUUUUUUUUUUUUUCUGAAAACCUAAAUGGACUCAGUACUUCAAACAAUCCAAUGUCAAUGCUGUCUAAAUAGCUAAUGUUAGGCUUACUUAAGUUUUAUGAUUCUUAUUUUGUCCGAAUGAUGCCAAAAUGUUUAGCAUUUUGUAGUCUUCCUGUAAAUAAGCCCCGCCGGUACCGAACUCCCAACAGUGAAAAUGUCUGCUUAUGUUGUCUUCUGGAACUGCCCAACUAACAGGUUAUUGUCUAAUCCUGCCUGGACCAUUGUUGGUAGCCCAAAUCAGGACCCCCGGCGAUUUGGUUGUGACCUCCGUCCGGGCUCUCGUUGUAAGCGCCUGUCCUGAAAAUUUGGGGGCGUAAUUCUCCAGAUGUUGUUUUAUGUUGACGGGUAGAAAAUGUGUUCCAAGGUCGAAUAGAAACUUCCAAGGUCGUUCCAAUAGUCGAGGCGGUGGUUCCGUGGUAGAAGCGUACUUACUCGUGUCGAUGUCAAUGUUGCCUUAGAGGUCGGCGGCAAAGAAUGGGAUAAUUGACGCUCGUUAAGGCUUGUUAACAAUGACGUGCCACAACAACUUUCAUAGCGCACCCCUGAAAUCUUUCUCAGUCAAAUGUUCAAAAUAGAAAUCUUGCAGAGUGAUAGGAAUUCAGGCUGGGUAUGAUGAAUCCAAAUUUUGUCACAUUUGCUGUUGAAAUAAGUAUAUGAAUUUACAUGAUUAAAAAACUACUUAAGCUUGUGUUGCUCUAGGAGGAGAUUAGUGUCUCCUGUAAUUCCAGAAAUUGUAUCAAAGUUGCAAGUAAAACUUGCAGGUAACAAAAGUAUUCCUUGUAACAACCACUUUGCAGCAUUCUCUCCUUUUGUUAAGUAACAAAACUAGGCAGGAAGAAAAUUUAGCUUAGAACCUUAACACUACACAUUCCAGUUAGAUAUCCGCAUCACCUUCUGAUUUGGACCAAACCAUUCGGGAACAUUUAAUAAAGGUUGCACAAGUCUUCAUUUAUGAAACAGGUUGUUUUUUUACGCACACUGGUAUGGAUAAGUAUAGCUGUCUCUGUUUUGUGCGCUGUAUAUGUGGUGUUGGUAACAAGUCUAGUUUUACUUUGCGUUCGAAGUCUUUACAGUCUUUACAGUCGAGCUUCUCUACAGCCACGUUCCUUCCUACGACAGAAGUAAAGCUGGUAACCUGAUACAGGACAAACAUGCUGAGGUCGGCAUGUAGCACUCUGAACGUGUCACCCGGACAAUUUGGGUGGCACGGAUUGUUUAGGUGACUAAUUUUUGUAGGGACCUUGUUCAGUAACAACCAUUCCUCCUGCCGUUUAGUUCGUUUGUAGUUGGACCAAACAUUUCCGUGGCACGCCAUCUUUAACACCCGCCAGACUCGGACCAAGGUAAAAAAUAUACAACAAAAAUGUUUAAAAUAUGAAGAGUGACUGAUUGUGAAGUCUGUGAUGAGUUUCUCAUUAUGAAAUUUGACAUCGACGAAAUUGUCUGAAAGAAAAACUACCAUAUGAUGUAUGUAGAUUAUAUUGUCAGACAUGUAUCAAUUGAUGUAGUGUUGUCAUAUUUUUGAUAAUAUAUUUUGGAAACAAUUAAUUACUUAUGUGUUGUAAGACCAAGUGUAGUUAAUUAACACCAGGCAUUGUGAAGACUAUAUUUUGCUAUUUUGAUUGACAUGAAUCAAUGCUGUCACUAGAACUACCCUUGAAAUGAACAUGAAUUCGGAAAAUUGAGCUGUACCUGAUUUGGGAAGGGCUUUUGUUGUUUGGAACUGGUCUUAGAUAAUUUUAGAUAUGAUAUUAUAAAAAAAAAAAAACUUGCCACAUGUGACACCUCUCCACUGGUUUUCUCAUAAAAUACUGUAAAUGCAGAAAUUUUAGCGGUGGAUUAAUGUUCGCGGUUUUCUCUGUGGCCACUUCACCGCGAACUUAAAACCACCGCAAACAUUUUUCUAUUAUGGUAUUAGACUGCAGUCUAUGGUGUUACCGCAAAAUUAAAACUAAUGAAAAAAGUCCUUUUCCCCGCUACCGCAAAAUUAAAUUCCCGCAAACUUAACUGCAUUUACAGUAUCCCUCCCCUGGGUAGGGCCAAUUUAAUUUGUUGUUUCCCAGGUUUAAAAUGAGAAUGCAAAACUAGAAGAACAGCAUGAGAGAAAAGGCAGAGAGAACCCUGAUUAACACAGUUGUGAGGUAAAUAGAAACAGAUUCCAAUCUUCCUCCCAACGUUCUGUUUUGGCGAUGUCAUAAGUACGAUUUUUGUAUGUCAAAAUAUGGAGCCAAUGAAGCGGCGUGUGGCAUUUGAAUCAUUUUUCUAACCCAGCGAGUUUAAUGUUGGGAACCCUCGGAAAAAUGCCAUAUUCUGUCUUGUGAUAGAAUAUUUUACACUGGUUGUAAGUUUGUAAGAUUGUUCAGCUGGUGAAAUUCUGUCAGCCCACCCUACCCACAGACAAACUAACCUGUGCAACUCCUACUUCUUUGGUCACCUAUGGUUUGGAAACACUCCAGAAAUUUCAAAAAACGAUGAUUUUAACCAAUCGAUCUUCGUAACUCCGUGUUUCACCAGUAGUUAACGUCAAUGGGGGAAUAUAAAACUGGGCGUUAACAUAUUAUGAAACUGAAUAAGUAACAAAUUGUAUUGAUUUAGAUUUGAAAUGUGGAGUUUGUGACCAUGGUGAUGAGUAGAAACAGUUGUAUGACCUGACGUCUGUCGCCAUGGAAGCUUGUAAUAUAGGCUUAUUUGUGCUCAAGACUUUCUCACAUGCUGGAAGACAUUGUUGACUGACGUUUCUGCACUGCUUGUAAGAAAUGCAGCACUUGAAGGACGACUUCUUGUUUAUUUCACGUGAGACGACAUCGCUGUAUUAAAGCUGGUGUAGUUUGUACAACAUUGGUGGGGGGGAGGAAUGUGCUCCUUGUAAGAAAAAUAUAAGACUUCUUCGCGAAGAUUUUGUCCAUUGCUGUCCUGUGUGUUGCAGAGUUAAGACACUUCUCUGACCUUCGACAUCAUCUUAAGGCAUGCCCAAGAUUGGUGCCGUUAAGGUCAACACAGGAGUGAGAAUUUCUGUGUUUCUCCCCACGAAAUGUACUGCCCACCUUGACUUAACCCGUGUAAUUAACUUCAGAGUGCCCUUACUGAGUACCACAUGUCCGCUGCUGUGUGUAUCAAAAUGGAAACAUCUUAGUAAUAAUCAGCUGUACAAUUGUAACAACUUGUGUGUAGCCACUUCUGGUAAAAUUGUUGAUAUUAUUAGUUAUUAUUUAUUGAAAUGAAUUGAACAUUCCCGCCUGAGAAGGGACCCGAUAUCCUGUACCCACACUGUAACCUCUUGUGUUGUCCGGCGGCAGAACUGUGAUGAGUUGUUAGCCUGUGUCUUCCCCCGUCCCGUCUGUAGAGGCGAGCUGUUGUAUGAAGUGUAAAAUGACCACUUUGUAUGGUAAUCUGUAAGAUAUUAGUGGAGGACAUCCGUGACAUUCUGGUAGUCGUCAUUUUACAAUCAGUGUUAAUCCCUGGCGGCUGCUCCAGCGCAGUUCAGUGGUUCGCGGGGAACUGCUGAAGUUUUUUGAGUUGAAGAGAAAAUAUUGAGAAUCAUUGCACUGGUGUUGACUGUAAUUAGAGCAGCUCGCAUAGCGAGGACUGGAGCGGGUCUGGCAAAGUUGGAUGUUUUCCUCACAUAUUGUAAUAAAAGACAGUAAAACCAA